AUGGAAAGAGAUCAUCCUAACCGUUCUAGGCCUCUUGCCUUUAAUCUGUCUAAGUUCGAUGACUGGAAAGUCAGAAUGCAGGCACAUCUUUUAGCCAUCCAUGACGAAAUGUGGGAUGUGAUAGAAGAUGGCCCGAUAGUAGUCAUGAUGGUAAACACACAGGCAGCGGCAGAAGGAGAAGACCCCGAAGUCAUGAUCCCAAAGCCUAAAUCUCAGCUCACCUCCGACGAGAAGACAAGAGCAAAUCUUGACAAUGUUGCACGAGAUAUUCUCUACAAAUCUCUAGAUGACUCCUUAUUCCCGAGAGUACGGAAGUGCAAAACGGCUAAGGAAACCUGGAAUAUCCUCAUGAAUCUGGGAGAAGGAGACGAGCAGGAGAAGGAUAACAAGCUUACUGUAGCUAUGAAGAAAUUCGAGGACUUCAAAAUGCUGCCAGCCGAAACCAUCCCUGAUAUGGAGUUCAGAUUUACCAAGCUGAUGGGAGAAAUUUCUGAUCUCGGCAAGGAACCGACAGAAAAGGAAAAGAACCUAAAAAUCCUUCGUGGACUUCCCAAGUCAUGGGAAAUGAAGGUGGCGGUAAUGAGAGAUCAUCAAGACAUGAAGACUAUAUCCUCGAUGAAGAUUUUUAGCGAUCUCAAGGCACACGAGUUUGAGCACGAACCAAAAGAAUCUGACGAAGCCGAAACAAGAAAUAUUGCCUUGGUUGCAAACCAGCAACCCUCAACCUCAAACAGGUCAAAAUCUAACCCGAGUGAUUUUUUAUCUGAUGAACAGUUUGCCUUGUUUGUACGUAGAAUGAAGUGGUCUAUUAGGAAGAACAACUUCCAAGAGCAACAAAAAUUUCAAAGCCCAUCAAACCGAAGGCAAUAUGAGAAAUCUCCUCAAGCUUCCACACAAGAAACAAUCGAUGGACAAAUGCUCUGUUACAACUGCCAAAAGCCAGGGCAUUUCAAAGCGAAUUAUCCUCGUCCAAUGGUUCGCAAAUAUCAAGAUCAAGAACCCAGCACUGGUGCAUCAAAGGAUGUCGCUGAAGUAAGCAAAAGAGGUGAUAAGCGAGAGCAAAAUCAACCUCGGCACGAAAGAAGAAGAAGAGCUAUGGUUGUGAACGAAUCAGCAAAAACUAUUGAAACCGAAAACAGCUCUUUAAGCUCGAGCUCAGACGACGAAAGCACUGAAGAAGAAAAAGGACUGCUUUGCUUGUUUAGUGAAGAAGAGGAAACUAAUGAUCUAUGCCUCAUGGCUCAAGAUGAUGAGGUAAAUUCUCAAUCUUCCUCUUCUAUUCAAAUGGAGUCCAGUUCAGUCAGUGGCCAAAGUUCCAAUGAAUCAGUCAGCGAGAUGAUGCGGGACUUUAUAAUCAUAAAGAGCACAUACUCUAAGCUAAAAGAGGAGAACUCUCAGCUAAUUAUCAUCCAUGAUGAGCUAAGGCGAGUUCGAAUAGAGAACAUUAAGCUAGCCAUCGUAAAAGAUCAGCUCAAAAAACAAGUUCUUUCUCUUAAAGAGCAGUGUACAGAAAGAGAGUUGCGGGAGCAACAAUUGCGUAAGGUUCUUGAUUCGUUCAAUAAUUCGUCCAACUUGAUGGACCGAAUGGUGAAUGGAUCAAAACCGCUUGGGGAAAUAACCGAAAUUGGUUAUGACCUCAGCUCCCCUUCACAUGUCUUAUUGAACAAACCCACAAACGUAUACUCUCGUGAGAGUUUCAAAUUUGCGUUUGUUCAAGGCCCCACUCAAAUAUCUGUGUAA